AUGAUAGCUAAAGAUCCAAAUAAAAUGCCAAGAAGUCCUAUUGAAAAAUGGUUUAAAAGAAAAUAUUUUAAUGAACUUUUUCCAAGAGCUAAUUUAGGUUUAGGACCACAUCCAUGUUUACCUUAUUCUUAUGAAGCUUUUAUUAUUGCUGCUAGAUAUUUUCCUGAAUUUGGAGCUAGUACACAUAAAAUACGUGGAAUUGAAAAAGAAGUACUACAAAAAAGGGAUGUUGCUACAUUUUUUGCUCAUAUAAUACAAGAAACUGGUGAUAAUAAUUAUGAAUAUUUUAAUUCAUCAUUAACUGAUGAAGAGGCAUUAAAUUGUUUUUAUCAAGGUGGUCUAUAUAAUUGGUUUGAGGGGGGACAAGAUUCAAAAUUAUUACGACCCAAUAAAACAUAUACUCUUGAUGAUGGAGAAUAUUGUAAUAAUGAUGGAAAAUAUUGUAGUGAAACACCAGAUUCUAAAUUUUGGUAUCCAUGUAACAAGAAAAAAAAAAUUAUUGAUGGUGUAAGGAUGAAUAAAGGAUGUUAUUUUGGACGAGGCCCUCUUCAAUUAUCAUGGAAUUAUAAUUAUGGACAAUUUCAGUAUUGGUUACAUUCUCAAAAUAUACAAGUUGAUUUACUAAAUAAUCCUAAUUUAUUAAUAAAAAAAAUGGAUCCACCAUUAGCUAUGUUAGCAUCAUUAUGGUUUUAUAUGACACCACAACCUCCAAAACCAUCAAUGCAUUCUAUAAUUACAGGUAAAUGGUUAUCCAGUUCAAAAAAUAGAAAAGCUGGUUAUAAAGAUAGUGUUUUUGGUCCAACAUCAUUAGUUAUUAAUUAUGAAUGUUUUGGAGAGCAGAUAGAUGAACUUGUUGGAGGACCAGGAGAAAAUCGUCGAAUAAAAGCAUAUAGAUGGUUUUCUAAGUAUUUUAAUAUAACAACAGGUCCAGAAAAAACAUUAACAUGUAAAAAUAUGGUUGAAAAUUUUGAAGGUAUUCCUCAUAAUCAUUCGUGGCAACCAAAUUGGUCAACUACAUGGAAACAAGAACCAUGUGACUGUACACCAACUCAAUAUAAUGGAGCAUUACCAUAUUAUGAUCCUAAAAUAUAUAAUGAUAAUAACUAUGAUGAAAUAAACGAACAAAAUCGUUUAAGAUGUAUUUAUUCAAUGUAUAAAAAUCCAAAAAGAUUCAAUAUUGAUGAAAGUAAUUCACCAUGUAUAAAAUAUAAAGUAAAAUUGAAAUUAUCUAAAUAUGGAAUAGAACAAUAA